AUGACAGGCUGUUCAGAGGGACCCCUUAACCGAAGGCGAUCCUCAAGCAGAGGCAUCUAGCGGGUUUGCAUUCAGGAUCCGAGAUGGCCAGCCAGCCGCCCGAGGACACCUCCGAGUCUCAGGUGUCGGACGAGCUGGAGUGCAAGAUCUGUUACAACCGCUACAAUCUCAAACAGAGGAAACCCAAAGUGCUGGGCUGCUGUCACAGGGUCUGUGCCAAAUGCCUCUACAAGAUCAUCGACUUUGGGGACUCCCCACAAGGGGUCAUCGUCUGCCCCUUCUGCAGGUUUGAGACCUGCCUGCCGGAUGACGAAGUGAGCAGCCUGCCAGACGACAAUAACAUCCUUGUGAACUUGACUUGUGGAGGCAAAGGGAAGAAGUGCCUGCCAGAGAACCCCACCGAGCUGCUGCUGACGCCCAAGAGGCUGGCCUCUCUGGUCAGCCCCUCGCACACGUCCUCCAACUGCCUGGUCAUAACCAUCAUGGAGGUGCAGAGAGAGAGCUCCCCGUCUCUGAGCUCCACGCCCGUGGUGGAGUUCUACAGGCCCGCGAGUUUCGACUCUGUCACCACUGUGUCGCACAACUGGACUGUGUGGAACUGCACAUCACUGCUGUUCCAGACAUCCAUCCGGGUGUUGGUGUGGCUGCUGGGCUUGCUGUACUUCAGCUCCCUGCCUCUGGGGAUCUACUUACUGGUAUCCAAGAAAGUCACUCUGGGAGUGGUCUUUGUCAGCCUGGUCCCUUCGAGCUUGAUUAUUCUCAUGGUGUAUGGCUUCUGCCAGUGCGUGUGCCAUGAAUUUCUAGACUGCAUGGCACCUCCUUCUUAACUGAUAUGCAAAACCCAGAAACUUGACACGUGCUGCUGUGUUUGAAGCUAGGGAGUUCAUGAUUUAGUCUCUCUUCCGUUCUUUACGUUUUGUGCCCAGGACCUUUAACAAAGCCCUGGAGCCCAUGUUGGUGGUCUGUGUCCCAUCAGAAUGUUGACUGAUUGCUUUUCCUGUACGCUGGAGGUAAAACUGUUCACUUGUACGCAGGGGUUAGCAGAGAGGCAAAACAAUGCGGAGCAGCCUUCACAGCAUGUUGGCCUUAGAGGGACCCCAGAGCAAGGGCAGUGUUUCCAGACAGUCGUGGGGUGGGGAGCCGU